ACGGACGUACGUUGUCGGACUAUAAUAUUCAGAAGGAAUCCACUCUUCAUCUUGUGCUUCGCCUUCGUGGUGGAAUGCAAAUUUUUGUUAAGACUCUUACAGGAAAGACCAUUACUUUGGAAGUAGAGGCUUCUGACACCAUUGAAAAUGUGAAGGCGAAAAUUCAGGAUAAAGAGGGAAUCCCUCCAGACCAGCAGAGAUUGAUUUUUGCCGGAAAGCAGCUUGAAGAUGGACGUACAUUGUCCGAUUACAACAUUCAGAAGGAAUCCACUCUUCACCUUGUUCUUCGCCUCCGUGGAGGAAUGCAAAUUUUUGUGAAGACUCUUACGGGAAAGACUAUUACUUUGGAAGUAGAGGCCUCCGACACCAUAGAAAAUGUAAAGGCGAAAAUUCAGGAUAAAGAAGGAAUCCCUCCAGACCAGCAGAGGUUGAUUUUUGCCGGAAAGCAGCUUGAAGAUGGACGUACAUUGUCCGAUUACAACAUUCAGAAGGAAUCCACUCUUCACCUUGUACUCCGCCUUCGUGGAGGAAUGCAAAUUUUUGUCAAGACGCUGACAGGAAAGACCAUUACUUUGGAAGUAGAGGCCUCUGACACCAUUGAAAAUGUGAAGGCGAAAAUUCAGGAUAAAGAAGGAAUCCCACCAGACCAGCAGAGGCUGAUUUUUGCCGGAAAGCAGCUUGAAGAC